GAAAGAUGUGAGGAGAAAAGAUAAACGCGUUGGGCGUAGCGAGUCUAAUUUAAACUUUUUGAAUACAACACAGAGCAUUCAUUCACCUUUCUUCACUCACACGAAUGCAGGAAUUCGGAGUGGUGAUCACAGUGGAAAGGUGAAACAACUACGACAAUGAUCGGUCCAUCUCUACCAGAUCAAGCCUCAGAUGGUAAUGGGCAACAAUCUGCUGCCUCCACUUCACGAAGAGUGAUGGGACCAAUGCUACCCGAUAGUAGCCAACAAUCACAGACAUCUGGAGGGAUGUCAUCGGCAGCAAAGGAGUUCAUAGAUCGACAAGAAAGGAUACGACUUACCAAUGAACAUGGCCAAAGUGACUCUGGAUCUACAAGUAAGCAGCCAGAGCAGCGUCCAGAUUGGAUGUUAGCACCUCCAAGUGCGACUGGAAUAAGCGAUAUGUUCAACAAAGAUCCUACUGCUGCAUUAAAGGCCAGAGGGUUCAAUCAAUCCGGUAAUAUGAGAGUACAAAGGACAGCAACCAUGCCAACAAAUCCAGAUGAUAUCGAUAGUGCUUCUUGGACAGAAACGCCACAAGAACGAGCAAAGAGACUAUAUGAAGAACAGAUGGGGAUUCGAAAUGUGAAUGGAAGUGGAUCAAAUUCUCACCUCGAAAGUCAACAGCUUGAGGAUGACAGAAGAAGGGAAGAGAGAGUCAAGCAAGCUGUACAGGAACAUCAGGCUUCCAGAGGUCCGUCAUUGUUAGAGCAACAUCAAGCAAAACGAAGGAAAGAACUUCGUGACAAAGAUAGCAAAUCGGAUAGAGAUGAUCGACACAGAAGACAGCAUCACAGCAGGCGAAAUAGAACGUCUGAUGAUGAAGAGUCUCGCAGUAGUAGGCAUCGCCGACAUCGUCGAGAGCGAUCUCAAUCUGUCUCGGAUGAUGGAGAGAGCCAUUCGAGGUCACGCGACAAGCAUAGAGAAAACGACAGAUCUAGUCGGCAUGGCGUAGACCGUCAUGAUAGGCAUGGAUCAAGACAUCACAGUAAACAUUCAUCUUCUCGGCGUUCGCAUCGAUCUAGAUCUCCAUCCGCAGAACGUGGCUCAGAGCGAAGUAGAGCCUCAAAACGGGAGGAUAAGGAAGUCAGGAGAGAAAAAGAACGAAAGAAGACAAGGAGAGAUGAAGAAGAACGAGAAGAAAAGCGAGGUGCUCCAACUAUGAUUUGGGAUCGGGAAGCGGCUCUCAGUGUGGGCGGCCAGCUGAUGGAUGAGCGAAAACGAACGGAUUUCAUUAAAUCUUCUGCCACACUUUCAGAUCGUUUCGGACAAGGCAGUUCGAGGUACAUGUGAGACGUGCAAGUGCGCAGCAAUGCUUCUUACGCUUUACUGAACCCAGGAAGUGGCUGUAACCUGCAGAUGAUUGGUCACACUUCAUCUUUGUAAGCUUGUGUUAAUGUAUAGUAGAAUAUUCGGGGCUCAUUGGUUUCAACGCAGAUAAAGCUAAAAAGUGCUCCGUAGGUAUAUGUCUGCUUCGGCUUCUCUUUACGAUCAAUCAGCUUAUCUAGUGAUGAAAUCGCUUCUUGUACCUGGGGUAAUCUUCACUUUUGUUGCGACUUCUAUUGUCAAAUGUUCCGGCGAAGGAAGCACUUCUCAUCCUAAUCCUGCCAUAGGUGAAUCAUCAUCCUCACAUGGUUGGAUUGACAAUGUCUUGGUGGACUCUUCUCCUUCUGUUUCGCAGAACUCUCCCCUUACUUUUGCCAAUGAAA